AUGAAAGAUAUUGAUGGUGUCGACGCCUCAAAAUAUGUUUCAGAACUGACAGAGUGCAUCCUCGAAGCAGCCGGAAACUCUUUGAAGCUGAAGGAGUUGAGUGCGGUCAGCAAAGUUUGCAGUAAGCUCAACGCAACGUACGAAGAGUUUGGCUCUCUUCUGGGCAAGGGUCUCUUGAAGGCCUUUAGCUCAACGCCGCCUGCGGAGCUCAACCGGCGACGCUUCUUGCUACGCAUGUGUGCAGAACUCUGCCUCAUAGAAUGCGUGCAAGCGGCGAAGCCUCCGCUAGUAGAGAUGUUCACAGAAUUAUGUGAUAUUUCUGUGGCGGAGGAGCAGCUUGUGACGAACUUCACCAUCAUUUCGUCGCUGGCACAGAAGCAUGCGGUGAGCUGCUUCAACAUCAUCCCUGCAAAGCAGCAGGCGUAUGCGGAGGCCUUGGGAAAGGACUGGCCAGAGCGGCAAUGCGUCCUGGAAGAGGCAUCCCGAAACCAGCUGCAACAACUUGCAGUGAAUGCAUACCAAUCAGCCGCAGGGGGCCUUCUGAGAAGUGCCCACAGUAGAUUGCUAGAGCAGGAGAAGACGAACCAAACUUUGCGAGUGGACAAGGGCCAGGUGGAUGCGGAGAAUGAACAGAAGCAUACACAGCUCAAAGAGGCUUUGCAGAAGAUUGAGGCCACGCUCACCACGUUGUCGGAAUUUCUGAAUCAGCCCAUGCCAACCACGGUGGAGGAGGAAGAGCCUAAUGUGUCGCGGAUCGGAGCUGGUGAAAACUCAAAGGAGGAAGCUCCAGAGGAAGAGGAGGUCUUGAUCUUUGAGGCGGGCCCUUGGUGCAGGGCUAGCUGA